GCCAGCGGGCGGCAUGGUGCAGCUGUACAAUUUGCACCCGUUCGGUUCUCAGCAGGUCGUGCCCUGCAAGCAGGAGCCGGAGCUUUUCUGCUGCGGCCGCGAUGCGCUUCUGGUGGCCUGCGCGCCGGGCGCCUGCCGGGUGGAAGUCUUCGCCGUGGGCCGCUCGGAGCUCUGCGAGCCGCUCGGCUCUUUCAACACUUUGGGCCGGGUGCUGCGGAUGGCGUACAGCGAGGCGGGUGACUAUGUGGUUACUAUUGAGGAGAAAAACAAGGCCCUCUUCUUGCGAGCUUACAUGAACUGGAGGUGCUUGUCGUCUGGGAGCUCUCGCGUGUGCGUGCGGAUGUUGGGCCACAAUCCACAUGCAUCCUACCCUGAAGCUUCGAAAGAGCAGAUGUCCAUUAUAGAAAUGCCUCUUUCGGACCCUCCCUUGUGCUUCUCUUGCUGCCCACUCAGGGGAGAUCUCCUUGUUGCCUGCAAGAAUAAGCUAGUUUUGUUCAGCUUAAAGCAACUGGUGGUGAGCCAGGAUCUGUCUUUACUGGACUUUGAACUUUCCUUAAUUUUGCACGUACAAAAUGUCACCCCUGAAGAAGUGGCCUUUUGUGCUGGAUAUGUGGCCCUAACUGUAGAACUAGAAGUCCUGAUUCUCAAGCUGGAAUCAAGUGAGAAAGUGGCUAGAGGUACUGGACCACAUGGCUGUGAAUACGUAGUAAAAGAAAAGGUUGUUAAUGAUGGUGUGUUAGAAGAAGCAAAUUCAUCUCAGCAGCCUGACUCCGAUGAUUUUGUUAUCUGUCAGCAGCCUAUGGAGCUUCUCGGGGAAGAAAGCAAGUUAUGUGGAAUACCAGUUACUCUGGAGUCGACAGGUUUAGUUGGUGAGAACCCACACUUUCAAAUGCGAUAUGUUCUAUACAGGCGGUUUGCUCCAGAUCUGUCUUCAUUUGUCUUCUCCUCUGAAGAAGCUAGGCUGCAUUCUCUUCAGUUGCUACCUAUGUAUGAAACAGGGAGUUCUGUGAAAGCUGAGGGAAGAGAGACGGCCAAGCGAGAGCUGCUGAGUCUUUUCUGUUUUUUCUCUCUGCCUCACGUUGGGUACCUCUAUGCAGUUGGCAACUUAGUAGAACUGAUUUCUACUUACCAGUAUUCAGAGAAGUCCCGACAGGCUGUUCUCACACCCCAGUUCCUACAUGUCAUCACAAGUAAUAACCUGCAGUGCUUUACCGUAAGAUGCAGUGCAGCAGCGGCUCGUGAUGAAGAUCCAUACAUUGAUACAACCCUGAAGGCUUGUCCCCCUGCUCUGUUGGAUGUUUGUACCUUGAGAAUGCAGCUCUUCAUAGGGCUGAAAGCUAUUUCUCAUUUCAAGAAUCAUAUCAUCGUUUUGACAAAGGCAGAAGCUGAAGAUCUAACGGAGAAAAAAAAAUCUUCAAGAAGACUCCUCUCACGUAAGACUGAUAACCAGCCCAGGGUUCCACCAGAAUUUGAACCCGGCUGGAAUUUGUACAUCGUUAGCACAACUUCUACUCUUCAACUUUAUAGAGAAAUGGUUGACUACAGCAAGAUCUAUGAAAAUGUGAGAACAGAGAGUUGCAUCCAUCUUCUGAGCGAAGCUCACUUGUUAGUUAGGACAGCUUUAAUGGAUCCUGAUCUAAAGGAAUCGGAAGAGAGGGAAGACCUCCUCAUGGCUUUUCGGGAAAGUUGUGCUCUCCUAGGAGAUUGUUAUAGCAGGUUUGAUACCAAAGACUUCCACCUCACGCUGCCUUAUUACAAAAUGUCUGGUCUAUCUGUGACUGAAAUUUUGAAGAGGGUAGAUUUGAGCUCUGAGGAUGAAGCACACAAGUAUGGAAAGGGGUUUAUAUUUUACUUGCAACAUGCCCUUUAUGAAGACACAGACGAGGAGCUGAGUGAAGAUUUGGCAGCCAAAGUGCUGCGAAUAUUCUACCUUGCCGAGCCUAACCAGAUGCCCCACAUCAUCUGCAGUCCGUGCACCAAAAAUGUAUGUCCUAAAAUGGCGAUGGACUAUCUGCAGAAGGUGGAAGAAGUGGUGCCGUCUGUGGUGGUGAAACUCUGCAAGGCUUCUCUGGCUCUGAAAAUGGGAGAUCAAGACAGAUGCCAGAAAGAGCUGGACAGCUAUGCCGAGUUGAUGCAGGUGUGUGGUUUUAUUGUGGAGCCAAGACUCCUGAGACAGCAAAUUAAAGGGCAGAUUAUUCCAACUGAACUUGCUCUCCACCUGCGGGAGACGAGGCCUGGAUUUCUCGUGGCUUCAGUACUGGCUUUACAUGAGAACAGUAAAAUGGAAUUGGAAGAAGCAGACUCUUACAUCAAGAUGCUGAGUGCCAAAGAUGAAGACGCUGUUCCACAGCUCUUAGUGGACUUCUGGGAAGCUCUCCUUGUAGCUUGCUUCCAGGAAGAAGUGGUGCGGGAACUGCAAUUUAAACUUGCUUCGCAGUAUGUUAGGAGGCUGUGCAAGAAGCAGCUGCCUGAUACUAAGCCACUGAAAACCACAGAAGAUCUGAUAAAUUCCUGUGGGCAUUACGGACUUAUUUUUCCUUGGAUUACAUUCAUGAUGUCAUUAGCACCUCCUGCUGAACAGAACUUCUCUGAAGACCUUUCAAAAUUACAGUCCCUCUUAUGUAGCCCACACAUUGAUAUAACUUCCAUCCUGCCGUUUUUGGAAACUCUUCCCGAAGAGACUGUUUCUGGUCUGAGCAUCCAUAUUCUUUGCAAUACGCGGUUAGGGCAGUACGAGACGGCCAUCGAGAGGCUGCUGGAGAGGUGUCCUGCCGCAGUCGUCCCUUAUGCCCAGCAUGAGUUGAAAGAUGAGCAUCAGGCGCUCUGGUGGCAAAAACUCCUUCCUGAGCUCUGUAGAAGAACCAGACAUGCCGGAGACAACUAUCCUGUCCUGCUCUCUUCCCUGAAAGAAACAUUAUCUGUCCUGGCCAUGGAACUGGAACUGAGGGACUUCUUAAAUGUGCUACCAAAAGAUGGCAAUGCAGCUUUUUUCCUGCCACACCUCCUUCAGUGCAGCAGGAGGAGACAAGUGACGUGAAUGCCACAAGAAGCAGCGUAUGAGCUUCAGUAAACGUAGCAAGAAAGCUUUCCGAGGAAUGGACUGAAAGACCUUUCUUCACAAGGCAGUGAUAAAUGAAAUGGCCUCUGUCGUGUAUCACUCAGAGUUCCUCCAACUGAAGUGGCUUUUCCGCUUGAAGAAAAGCCACUUGAGUUGGAGGAAAGGUUUCAAACACUGCUGAAUGGUGGGAUACAGGCCAAUAGGUCGAGGGUGUUACAGCAAUGUGUUAGGGUGUUACAUAGGAAGAGUAGGGUUUACUCUUUGCCUGGGUCACGUGUGGCUUGACAGUCAUGUGAAGGACGGUCAUAACCUUGACACAGAUUUGUAAAGCAUCUUUUUUACUUCCACUGAUUGUGGUUACUACAUCCCAGUGCUUUAGAACUUGGUUUACAAGUGAGCUGGGCGAAAAACUGCAGAAAGCUGGGCAAAAUACUUCAGAUAGGUAAGCAGUCCAAGUACACUUACAUACUAGGGAUACAACUUAAAAAAAAAACAUUUUUGUGAACAUCAGUGUCUGGUAUAGUUAUGUCCAAUCACCCUAUCAGGAAUGUUUCCAUGCCCAAGGGGGAAUAAGCGGCUGAAAAUGCAACUCUGAUUUGCAGUGUGUGUGUUAGAGGAGUUUGCAGAAGAUUGUAUGCAGAAUGGCCUAUUUCUGAUUCAAGAGAGAACUAUUUCUAAGGAGCUGUCUCUCCAGUUCGGUUGCAAGAACCAGUCAGUGAGGCUGUUUUAAGCAUUAGAUCAGAUCUUUUUUCUUCCUCUUGACAAUAAU